CUGGGCCUGGCCCUCGGUCUGUGCAGCUCACCACCUGUGCGCGCCCCAGUCCUACGAGCUGAACCACUACGAGUUCCCAAGCAUCUCAGGUGCCAUGGAUCUCACCAUCCACAUCGUGGCUGGUGGAGCCGCCUCCACCAUUGCCCUUAGUCUAGAUUUGCUGCCACAUCAGAUCACCGCGAUGGCUCAUGUCUCUAGCAUCUUGCAGAUGUGCAGCUUGUAUGCUCAGAGUCGGCCAAGCCAAGUCGAAGCACAGCAGCAACUCAAGACGCACAUGGAGAGGCUGAACUAUAUUCAGGCCCGGGUGUUGCGGCAGCAGAAGCAGCACGCGCUCUCACGAGGGAGGGUGAUGAAGCCCAUGCCGGCGAUCCUCUGUAGUGGCCAUAUGGGUGAGGACAGUGAAGAUAUCGAUAGCUUUGAAGUGCAGGCCCUGCAGCGCGAUCAAGACGAGCCACGCGCAGAAGCCGUGCACGAGGACGCGGCGGCCGAAGAGUCCGAUGAGGAUUCUGUUGGCUUUGAUGGCUUGCUGCAGCUGAUCAGCUUGCAAAGAUGCGCUGCCUGCCCUGGCUAGUGUCGUGAGCACAGUGCUGAACUGGCCACUGCACAGCGCUCCCGGUGCCAUUCCAACGUAGACCUUUUGUGAGCUGCCCAAGUUGCAUGUUUUAGAGGAGAAAGGAGCCAAUGUAGCCGACCUUUUGUGCCAAGGGGGUGCAGGGACCAUUCCAAGUAGACCAUAGUAGACCUUUCCUCAGCCACCCGAGGGUAACGAGGGUUAGAGGCAUGGGCCAUUCCAAUGUAGCAAGAUGCUGUGCACAAGUGAGCCGCUGCGCAAUUCAAGCAGGCAGUGAGGACACUGUUGCGUCCACGGCGCAGCCGACCUGACAGCUGCGGAGGCAGUCUUGUGGGGAAGCUUUGGACGCGGAAGAAGGUUGCUCCACUGAGUUCGGACUUCGCACGAAUUCUGCCGACCUGACCGGUCGACCGACGGUGGAGCGUUGCGGCGACCCAAACGGACAGACGUGGCGGCUGUGCGGCCGUGUG